GCUGAGGCGCCGGCGCGGCCGCGGCGGGCGGCGGGACCAUGGGCAACGGGCUGUGCUCCCGAAAGCAGAAGCGCGUCCUGCAGACGCUGCUGCUCCUGGCCGUGGUCUUCGGCUUCCUCUACGGCGCGAUGCUCUACUACGAGCUGCAGACGCAGCUGCAGAAAGCCGAGGCGGUGGCGCUCAAGUACCAGCAGCACCAGGACUCGCUCUCCGCCCAGCUGCAAGUUGUAUAUGAACACAGAUCAAGAUUAGAGAAAUCCUUGCAAAAGGAAAGACUUGAACAUAAGAAAGCAAAGGAAGAUUUUCUUGUUUAUAAGUUAGAAGCACAAGAGACCCUAAAUAAGGGAAGGCAAGAUUCCAAUAGUAGAUACAGUGCAUUGAAUGUCCAACAUCAGAUGUUAAAGAGUCAGCACGAGGAGCUGAAGAAGCAGCACAGCGACCUGGAGGAGGAACAUCGGAAACAAGGAGAAGACUUCAGCAGGACAUUCAACGACCACAAACAGAAAUACCUGCAGCUGCAGCAAGAGAAGGAGCAAGAGCUUUCAAAGUUAAAAGAAACCGUGUACAACUUGAGAGAGGAGAACAGACAGUUAAGGAAAGCCCACCAGGACAUACACGUGCAGCUGCAGGAUGUCAAGCAACAGCAUAAGAAUUUACUCUCCGAGCAUGAACAACUUGUAGUGACUUUGGAAGACCACAAGAGUGCGCUAGCUGCUGCGCAGACUCAGGUUGCAGAAUAUAAACAGCUGAAAGAUACUCUGAAUCGGAUCCCCAGCUUUCGAAAAACAGAUCAAGCAGAGCAGCAGAAUGCUACCCAGGUGGGACAUUCUCCACACGGUGCUGGUGCAGCGAGAGAGGUGGUGGCUGGACAGCUCCAGGAGGCCCCUCGAAAUAGUGAAGUGUGGGAGAAGCAGGAAGCACUUCCUGAAAGGGCAGAAGAAAAGCCUUCUCCCAUAUCGAAGGAAGCUGAAUUUCAGGGUCCAGCUGAGCUGAAGCAGGGCGACGCAGAAGCCAGAGCACCAGAGGAACAGCAGGUAGAAGAGGAACACAGGGAGGCCCUGGCAGAGGAGGCCAUGGAGCAGGUUGGGCGGGCUGAACGUCUUCAGGAAGAACACGACCCGUCACCUGAGGAGCAGGACCGGGAGUGGAAGGAACAGCAUGAUCCAAAAGAAAGAAUCAACCUUCUAGAAAGACAUGUGCAUGCUGAGGUGGACCCUUCAGCCAAGUCCGAGUUCCGCUCCCCGUAUGAGGAGCAGCUGGAGCAGCAGAGACUGGCUGCCAGGCGGGCGGAGGAGGCUCAGAGGCUGAGAGAGCACCAGGAGGCUCUGCACCAGCACAGGCUGCAGGGACACCUGCUUCGACAGCGGCAGCAGCAGCAGCAGCAGCAGCAGCAGCAGCAGCAGCAGCAGCAGCAGCUUUUUGCCAGAGAGAUGCCUCAGCAGAGGCAUGCUGGGCCCGAGGAGGAGCGGCCGCAGCACUCCGAGCAGCUCAGGCAGCAAGCUCGAUAUGAUGCUAUGGAUAAUGAUAUUGUUCAGGGAGCAGACGAUCAGGGUAUCCAAGAAGUAGAAGGAGGUGCUUAUGAGAGAAACAAUCAACACCAAGAUGAGGCAGAAGAUCCUGAAAAUGAACGCGAGCCUCGCGAACAAGGGCCACGUGAAACGGACCCUGAAUCUGAAGCAGAUAGGGCAGCUGUAGAGGAUAUAAACCCAGCAGAUGACCCUAAUAAUCAAGGAGAAGAUGAAUUUGAGGAAGCUGAGCAAGUGAGAGAAGAAAAUUUGCCAGAUGAAAAUGAAGAUCAAAAACAAAGUAAUCAAAAGCAAGAGAAUGCAGAAAUGGAAGAGCAUUUGGUGCAGAUGGCAGGAAAUCCAGACCAGCAAGAGGAUAAUGUGGAUGAGCAGUACCAAGAAGAGGGAGAGGAGGAGGGUCAGGAAGAUUUGACUGAAGAGAAAAAAAGGGAAUUGGAACAUAAUGGUGAAGAGACUUAUGAUGAAAAUGCCGAUGACAAUAAAAACAAUGAAAGAGGAGAACAAGAGGUUCGAGUCGAGAAGCACCCCAAAGGCCGAGAGGCAAACUACCUGGAGGAUGAAGAGGAGGAGGAGGACGGGGCUGCUGUCGCGGAGAAGUCACACCGAAGAGCUGAAAUGUAGAUAUGCCCAGUAUCAUAGUGUUCAGCCAAUGGACUUAUUUCAAGCUGCUCAAAAAUGAAUUGGCCUACUGAACUCUAGGAUAUUUAAUAAGAAAAAUUUUGAAUUUAGACUUUUUUUAAACUUUUGUAUUAGAAAUGCACCAUACAUUUAUAUGAAUAUAUUUUGAUAACCUAGGUUAGAGCUCCUUUUAUAUUCAGCUAAACAGGAAAAUAACAGAACAGGUUCUGAGUCUCAUAUUACAUAGAUUAUGCAAUGUUGGAAAGGAAUUAGAUUUUGUAUAUGUUUUAAGCUUGUUACUUUUCUAUCUUCUUAUUUCCUAGGUGUUUUGUUGUUUGCCUUUGAAACAGUACAGGGUUUCAAAACAGGGGAUACCGCCAAAUGCUGUGCAAACUUAAGAAUAACUGGUGUACAGUUGCUGCCUUUGCGAGGUGCUUGUGCAAGACUGUGAAAUAAUUUUCACCAGUCUUAGUAGCUAUGACAGCAUCAAUGUAAAGAAUGACAUGACGUUUGACUGGGAAGAUAUGUGGCUUUUUUUCCUUUAGACUUUUAAAAUCAAUUAGAAAUAUGUAGGGUUUUACAUAAAAUCAGAUUGCUCUUGAAAGGAAUACAAAUUAUAAGUUAGGAAGCACUAAAACUUAGAACAAAUAAUAUUCUGGGCUUAGGUGUUUCAGUAUUCAAACAAGGUGCUGCCCAUUAGUAGGUUGUUUAGUGACUAGUGUGUAUGGGUAGUGAUUUCUGGAUCGUAGACCCGUUCAGAGAUUCCCCCACACCUUGUCCACAAAGUCAGCCAGUGACAUCCUGGUUUCAGUAUCAAGUUCCCUGCAGUAAUACCUAUAUAUACAUUUCUCUGUGUGCCUGGAAUAUAAUUACUUUGAUGCCAAGAAUGAGGGCAUAUCAGAUUGUACCGUAAAAUGGUACAAUAUGUACAAUUAAAAAUUAAAUUUUGCAAUGUUAAAACUACAGUGAGGUACACAUGAUAAUAUGGUAGGCUCUAAUAACUCUUCUUUUUCCAGGGAUUGGUUCUGUGUUAAUCCUUGUAUAAGAAAUUUGAGUGACUUUAAUUUUGAAAAUUCCUUAAAAUAAAAUUGUCAUUAGAGACAUUUCAUUCUCAAGCAUAAAGAUCUUUAUAUAAAAUAAAGUUAUAUGCCUGUGGUUUGAAAUAAUACUCCCAAAUUAAUAAAAACAAACCAGUUUCUACCAUUGAAUGUAACUUUAGUUUUUAAUAAUCAUGCUCUUAAAUGGUCUUGAUGAUCCCAGUUGAGUGACUAUAUUCACAUGCUUAGGAAUGUUGUUCAAGUGUACUUUCAAUUUUCAGUGAUCAUAAAUCUUACCUUUAUGUAUAAAAACUUUAUGUAAUGUAAAAUGUAUAAUACUGUACAUAAUAUUAAGAAUACAAUUAUUUUGGUAAAUUAGUUUGUAUUUUUAAUGUCCCAGUUGCAGUAUUUAAUUAUUUGAAGCAUAUUGAAAGUUGGUAAUAGUCAAUAAAGCUAUAGAAAGCAGCAGUAAAUCUCUCAAAAUACUUGA